UCGUAGAAAUGACACCUAAAGAGCCAACCGAGAAAUCCGCGAAGCCUGGCGAUAAGAAGCCAGAGCAGAAGAAGGCAGCCGCCGCGGCGCCCGCUGCUGCCAAGAAGGAGGCAUCAGCUGCAGCUAAGCCUGCCGCUACUGCACCCAAGAAGGCUGCUGCGCCCGCUGCCAAGAAGCCCGCUGCCGCUGCUGGUGCUGCCAAGAAGUCCGCGGCUGCUGCUGCUAACAAGCCCGACGUGAAGAAGACCGUGACGAAGCCAAAGGCCAAGACCGUCACCAAAACAUAUCAUUACCUAAAUAAAAUGCUGCUAUUAAAUCUGACCGUGGACAAAGAGCCCAUCAACUUGGCGAAAGUGCCCAACGAUUCCCUAGACGACCUACAGUGCGCACAGGAGCACAAGCGUCUCCGCAAGGAGACAUCGACUUAG